GAUAGUGCGAUAGAAACUUAAAAAUCCUCGUGCGACAGUUGGAACAAAACAGUCCGGUCAAAAAUUCGCAACAGAUUGAAGUACAAACAAUCUAACAGUGCGUGCUCCUGUUACUACAGUUGGAACUAGUGAAAUUACCAAAUGGCAAAGAGGAUACCGCUGAUAUCCGGAAGAUUGGUUCAACGCGUUUUGAUUCUAUUACAAGUUUCAGGCGUCAUGACGUUCACCUGUCCAGCAACAGGCUCUGUUUACGAGACCAGCACUGAGAGUACGUGCUUCUGGUACCUAGACGGCUACCCUAGUACCUCUGCCGCGCACGCCAUGUGCGUGGCCGCUGGAGGACGUCUUGCCUACAUACCGGACAGUGACACAAAUAUUUUUGUCGCCGCCUAUCUGACCUCGAUAGACUUUCCCGGAAUGCCAUCAAUCAACGUAAAAAACUAUUACGUCUCUGGCUCCUACGUGUACGAAACGAUAGAGGGCGAUCCGCUGACCUACACAAACUGGGAAGGAGGAAACCCUAUACCCGGGGAAGAAUGUGUAGCAUUUAAACCCAUCAACGGCAGGUGGUUUGAUAUCUCUUGCGGCCAGACCUACGGAGGCAUUUGUUCCCAUACCAGUCCUAGGGACCCAACUGAGAGGCAGAGUCAGUACCUAGUUAGUGCCGGAAGUAGAUUAGAUGUCACCCCUCUGUCUACCAUCGUGGUGCGCAGUCACUCUGAAUGUGUAGUAGUGUGUGAAAGUACAGACACAUGCAUCGCCUUCAACUACAGAUCAGACACGAAGGCAUGCGAACUCCUGAGUGAUAACCAUGCCACGUCCAACAGUCUUCAAGGAAUCGGAAUAUAUUACUAUGGGUACAAUGCUGAUGUGAUAUAGAUACAUCUCCCAACUAGUAUGUCUUAAACGACCUCAAAUGACUUUAAAAACGUCGAAAUGGAUGUUAAUUUCACUGCUACAGCUUCCUCAUAUUCACUUAGGUAUUGUCUUUAUAUGUAAUAUGCUUUUGGUGAUAUUUUUUUCUUGAUGGCGCUAUAAAAAUUC